CGGGACGUCUCUUGAACGGCACGUGUGCCGCCGCGACACCAACACUUGUCGCGAUCGUAAAAACGCGCGCCGUCAACAAACUGUAACAACAUUUCUCGUUGCGAUCGUAUGCAUAGAGCACGGCGCUUCGCGCCCGAACUUAUCUCCAUCCGAUUCGUUUAGAACAAAAUGUGCUGGAUUUAUGUGCCUCUUUCUGUAGUGCUUGAACAGGUGCAGCCCGCCAGCGGCAGAUAGUGUUGCGGUCAGACCGCCAGUGAACUCAGUGACUGUGUGAACGUUGUUUCGGUUGAACGCCGUCGUAGGGAUUUGUAAUAAGCAGCCGCUACGUGCGGCCGAGCAUGACGAUGGAUCAGCAGACAGGCCUCAUGUCCCUCAACAUGUCCCCAUUCGAUCUAAGUCCGGGACCAGAAGGUUCGGGCUCGGGCAGCGGACCCUCGGGAGCCUCACAGCAAUACGUGCCACAGGGCGCCGCAUACCAAUGCACAUCAGACCCGCAGCCUUUUGCCUACGCUAAUCUGGAUGCUUCAUAUCUGUUCCCAACAGGUGCCGGAGGAGAACCCGGGGCCUACUUACCCACAGCUGGUACUGUGUGUGAUCAAACUGACACAAAAGAUGUGAUCGAAGAACUCUGUCCCGUUUGCGGGGACAAAGUGAGUGGAUACCACUACGGGCUGCUCACUUGUGAAUCAUGCAAAGGGUUCUUCAAGAGGACCGUGCAGAACAAAAAGGUGUACACAUGCGUUGCUGAACGCGCGUGUCACAUUGAUAAAACACAGAGGAAACGAUGUCCUUUUUGCCGUUUCCAAAAAUGUCUGGACGUCGGAAUGAAAUUAGAAGCCGUGCGAGCAGACCGCAUGCGAGGUGGUCGCAACAAAUUCGGUCCAAUGUACAAACGCGAUCGCGCCCGGAAAUUACAAAUGAUGAGGCAGAGACAGAUCGCCGUGCAGACCCUUCGUGGUUCGCUCGGAGACAGCGGGCUCGUCCUGGGAUUCAGCUCACCUUACGCUUCGGUGCCCGUGAAACAGGAGAUUCAAAUACCACAAGUGUCGUCGCUGACGUCAUCACCAGAGUCAUCCCCCGGGCCGGCGCUGCUGGCAACCCAGCCACAGCCCCCACAGCCGCCGCCGCCGCCCUCGCACGACAAAUGGGAAACCCACUCGCCGCACUCGGCUUCGCCGGACGCUUUCGCCUUCGACACCCAAGCCACUGCAGCCGCGACUCCAUCCAGCACCGCCGAAGCCACGAGCACAGAAACUCUCCGGGUCUCGCCCAUGAUCCGGGAAUUCGUACAGACCAUCGACGACCGAGAAUGGCAGAACUCCCUUUUCGGCCUUCUGCAGAGCCAAACCUACAACCAGUGCGAAGUGGAUCUCUUCGAGUUAAUGUGCAAAGUUCUCGACCAAAAUCUGUUCUCCCAAGUCGACUGGGCGAGAAACACCGUGUUCUUUAAGUAUUUAAAGGUCGACGACCAAAUGAAGCUCUUGCAGCACUCGUGGUCCGACAUGCUCGUGCUGGACCACCUGCAUCAGCGGAUGCACAACGGGCUCCCGGAUGAGACGACCCUGCACAACGGCCAGAAGUUCGACCUGCUCUGUCUGGGCCUCCUCGGCGUGCCUUCGCUCGCCGAACACUUCAACGAGCUCCAGAACAAACUCGCAGAACUCAAAUUCGACGUACCUGACUACAUCUGUGUCAAAUUCUUGCUACUACUUAACCCUGACGUGAGGGGUAUCGUAAACGUGAAAUGCGUGCGCGACGGCUACCAGACGGUACAGGCUGCGCUCUUGGAUUACACGCUGACCUGCUAUCCUACGAUACAGGAUAAAUUUGGAAAAUUGGUAAUGGUGGUGCCUGAGAUCCACGCGCUCGCGGCCCGGGGGGAGGAGCACCUCUAUCAGCGGCACUGCGCCGGGCAGGCCCCCACACAGACGCUGCUCAUGGAGAUGCUGCACGCUAAACGCAAGCCAAAUGGAGGCGAGAUGGUAAACCGGAGUGCUGAGCACACAUCAACUUUAGACCGAUUGUGCGGUUUCCUGCCAAACGACACGAUUGAGCCGCAUUCUCCUAUAUAAUCUUGAAACACCAGUGACGGGGAGCAACAGAUCGUGCACGUGAUCGAGACUCCCCCAUCCAGCGAGAUAGCUACUACAAAAUAUUACUUAUUGUUAAUCUAGAUUUAGUUGGUAACUUAUAUUGGUAACUUGGUGUGUGAUUAAGCAUAUAAGUUAUUGCCGAGCGCCGGCGACGCCGCGCGCGCCUAGUCCCAUACAGUAAUACAAAUUAUUUAUCUGCCUAAUCUCUGUAACAUAUGCAAAUAUUUAACGAUCCGUUUCGCGUAGCUACGGUUUAUUUAUUGUGCAGUUUAUAUAUCGUCGUAUCAAAAUUGUGUAAGUACCGAUUUUAUAUUAGCUCGUCUUAAUUCCGGUGCGUAGUGAAGGGAAAAUAUUACUAUACAUAUUUUAGGAAAACGUCUGUGAUUUUUAUCGAAGAAAAUUGAUGAACCAUUUUAAUGUUAGUUGUGUGAUGUAUAAAUGUUAGUGUUAAUAACGCUUUACCUAACUACGUGCGAGCCCGCAUACCUUCACCUUAUUACUUACUAUACAUUACGAUAAUAUUAUAAAUACACGUUUAAUUCGUCUUCUUAAGUAACGCACUAUGGAGCAUAUUGUGAGCGGUCACGUGACUAGGUGAAGUAUGAAUUGUUAAAGUAGUUAUUUGGCUGAAUAUAUUUCAGAUUUUAUUAAGAGUUGAUAUUUUAAAAUAAAAAUCUCUAUGUAUUAUCACUAUAAAAUACUAAUAAGGACUAAUUAAUAAAUGAUCGCAUUGAGGUCGCGUUUAAAGUUUACAUUUGUUCAAUCGAUGUUUUAAAUCUAAUCUAAAUGUUGUAUAAAAUUUAAUAAAUUAUAUAUAUAAUUUAUCGGCCGUACCAGUACAAAUGAGUAUAUAAUUAUAAUCUUUGUAAAUAUUAUAAAAUAGCACAUAACAGUGAUUUACGCUACUUCUAUUGUAAUUAUGUAAAAUAUUUCUGAACAUACGUGCAAAAGCCUUAAAAAUCAUAGAUUUUUAAAUAAAAGAUGGGUACUAGCGUCAAAUGGCCUGCGGCCGAGGAGACAAUGUAUUUUUAUACAGCAUAUUGUUCUUUAUUAACAUAUAUAAUAUGUUAACUGAAAGUACAUUAUUUCGUAUUUUUCUAACAUAUAGUGUAAUGUAAUCGAAAAUUAUGAUCAACUUGUAAAGUGGAAAAGGAUUAUUGUAUUUAAUUAUAAAUAAACCGUUAUCAUUGUGUUAUAUAUAUCUAUAUUAUAUCUCCUAUGUACAUAUGUACGUUGCAAAUUUAAUUUGAAAACGUUUUAUUUUUGUAAUAGUUCGUCGGAUAAGAUGUGGACGGUCUCGGCCUGCCUUCGCGAACGAGUACAGGGAGCGGCAGGCCUGGCCCCGAAACGAUAAGAUUUUAGUUAAUGUGAUCGACGGUUUGUGUUAGAGUCGUUAUAAACUUUAGUUUACCCUAUAAUUAUUGCACCAAGUGCGCAUCUACGGUAGACCGCAUCAACGAAAAGUACAUAUUAGGUGUUAUCGAUUAAUAUUAUUUUCAUUAUUUUUUCUCGGGGCUCUCACCUAAGCUUUUAUAUUUAUAUAUAUAGAGAGGUUAUGGUACCGUGUUUGUCUAUAUACCGUCCAGUCAACUGAAAUUUAUUAGUCAAAAACGUGUUUAGAAAUUCCGGUCACUUACGGAUUCAUUUGUAUUAUUUGUUGACAAUCAUCGGUACAUCGGGUUCGGCUUUACACGGUUAUUGGAAUUUGGAUCAAAUCAUUCGUCAAAAUCAAUUAUUGAAAGUUCCUUGAGAUUUUGUCGGUACGUUUUUAUCAAUAGUUACGUAUGAAUUUUUAUCGGUAUCGUUUUUGGAAAUAUUUGAAUUAAAUCUAAAUAUUACAUUGCACUUUAAUUUCCCUUAUACAUGUGUAUAUUAUUUUUUACAAAAAUUUGUAUAAUUAUUUGAAAUAUACAAAUGAACGGAAUCAAUAGAUGUCGGUGCGACGCACAGAAGCGAAACCCCAUUGUAUAUAUAUCGGAACUCUUGGAGCUGUGGUAUAGCGAGCGCAGGCGACCGUUACCGCUGGAGUGGCAUGUUGCGAGUCAUUUAGUUUCAGUUAACGCUUAGAGGUUUGUUCGAGAGAACACAGCUUCUUAAACGCUUUAUCGAAGGCAAAGCUGAUCUGUGAUGGUAUGACGUAGUUAGGUACUUUGAAGGCUGUGGGUCUGUCCAAACUUUGGCGAACACGUUAUUUCCUGUCCACUACGAGUUUACCCUUUGGAGUAUAGUAUGUUACGCGUCUCGCGCGAGGAACCCGAGCCGACCCCGCUCGGGCCACUCUUCCUACUUCGUUAUAUUAGUUUUGUGCUCCGCGCACGCGUUACCAUUUCUACAGUAUUUUUAAUUAUACACUAAUGCUUUAUAUCACUUUUUCGUAGGACGCAUUCGAAUAACGACCGAUUCUCUUAUACCUAAUUGACUACUAAUUAAUUAUUGUCUAUGUAAAUCCUAUAUACAAUUUAUAUUAAAUAACAACUUGGAUGUUUAUAGAUAAAAUAUUUAAAUGUAUCGCAGUAUUUAAAUGUAUAGAUGUAUAAAUAUAACUUUAUGUAUAUAUUUCAAAGCAGAUUUAUAAAUACUAUUUUAAUUAGUCGUACGUAUUGAAUAUUACGUGGAUACCCCUCGUCAUCUACAGACCGGAGUCGUGUGCCAUUAGCUAAGCCCGUACACGGUACAGGGUCCGCGAGUGCGUUUCCGAGCCACCGGCCUUCGGCCCGCCGGCCUGCCGGUCCCCGGCCCGUCGGUCCCCGGCCCGCCGGCCCGCUUGUGGUUUGCGUUCGCUCGCAACGAGAGUAGACAAUAACAGCUAUUUGGGUGCCAGUGUUCAUUCUAACUUUAAUUAGACGAUCCGAACGCCACUUUAUUUUACCCGCUUUACUAUACUUGGAUUACCUAUGAUUUUAAUAUUUAAUCGAUCGAUAUAGAUUAUAAAUAGUUUAUGCUUGUAAUGUUAAACUACUAUGUACGCGUAAGUUAGGUUGUAAUAUACGGCGUAUGUUGUAACUAGUGUUUUUGUAAGUAAUAUCUAUAUUUAUGAAUUAUAAUAAGUGUUUUAUAACGUCGAGCGGCACGAAGAGUGUUUCUCGGUACAUGUACAUUUCGUUUCGGUGGUGAGGAAUACGGAUGCAUACCAAAUAGGCGUUGGUAACUCGCGGUGUGAUGCGGUCGGUCGGAGGGCGGCCGUUUGUUCGCUCAGAUUCGUUCGCUGGCGCCGGCCCUCACCGGGCACAUUAUCUGUACGAGAUCUCUUCACUCUCUGGGUGUGAUUAUCCACAUUCGAGUUUGUACAUUCUCUAUAUCAUAUAUUCAUAUGCAAUGAAGGCAAGCCCGGGGCCGCCGAGGAGAACCCGUGCACGCAAUGCGCUCGGUGCGGGACCGAGGACGCAGUCGGUCACCAUCACACUUGCACGGGACGGUAAACAAUUGGGCGACGAGUUAUCGAUGGCUGAGUGGUCGUACGCGUCAGACACAUUCCAAAAUAACACUAAUCAUAACAUAAUAACGCGCGUCAACAAACGCGUUACAAUUUGUAAGUUAACCACUUUGUUGUUCAUUAACGAUAAGUUAGUUUUAAUCUCAGUCGAUGUUGUUUACUUUAGUUUGUGUAUAGUAUUUUCGAUUAAGUUAAUGUGAGGACGACGUGAAUUUGAGCGAAUCGACAGGCCUAAGCCUGGGUUCACCCUAGCUGUAAAUUUAUGAACCUAAGUGAUUUUUUUCUGUUGCACCUUAAUUUGUUUCGCGAGCCGUGUUAGUUAUAUAAUAAUAUCAUCAUUGUACAUAUAGAUAGGGCGAGGUACACAAAAUUCAAUUAAUGUUAUUAAAUUUAAUAAAGGCGCUAACAGAAGACCACUGUGACAUUGUCGCAUUCGCUGUUUAUAAAUAACCGAUACGAUAGACACAUAAUUAGGUACUUCUGUUCGUCGUAACUCGUAAGUGUUAACUGUUGUGGACCUUAGUCCCUCGAUGUUCUCUAAUUGGUUACUGUACGGCCUCCGUGAGUCGACCCGACCCUCACGUCGAGAGGAACACACCCCUCGCAUCUCGGUCCCCGGACCGCUAUAAUUGUAAAAUAAGUACACCAUCUAAGCCCUGCCUGUAAGGCGCAUUGUAAGGCUGCUCCUUUGUUAACUGAACGUUUAGAUGUAAUGUACAAACGUCUAUCCACUCUAUACAUCACUUCAGACAUCACGCCUUGACACCCUUCGCAACGCCGUCGCGUCCAUCGUCACUCGCAAUGGCUGAUCAUUUAUUGUAUAUACUAAGGUAAUCCGCGUCGAGUUAUACAUAUCGGUAAAGUUGUGAACGGUUCAGUUAAAAGAUGAGCAACCGCGAUCUAGUAGCCGCAGUUGUACCGUGUCAUUACCUCACAUAUUAACGUCUUUUUGUACAUUUUAAAAUAGUUAUUGUUAUCGCUAAAUCUUUAUUGUCUUCAUUGUGUUUCGAGGUGUUAAGUUGGAAACUGCAAACACGAGAUCUAUUUUUAGAUGUCCACUUAGAUAGAUAUAUGUGGCGGUGUAAAGAUGUCGCCCGCAUUCAGUGUAUUUAUUUUCAUGGUGUUUAAUAAAUAUUGUGAGACGCACGACGCGUCGGCGGCGGAGGACAGCGCCCGUCGUCGCCCGUUAUUGUAGAAAUAAAUAAUAUUUUCGUUUAAA